CAGCAUUUUCAAGGCCAUUAUUCAGUAGGCUGCAAGCAGUCGUCCGAGGCGGUCGUCGUUACACGAUGCCAGACGAGCUAUGACGGCGCCACGCGAUCGACGCAACGACGACAAUGUCGAACUGUUGCCGCUGAAAUCGAUGCUCGUCAAUAAUAAUUACAGGGAAGAUGAAGCUUACUAUCCCCCGGCAUCGGCCAUCAACAGCAAUCCGUCAAGUUCCAACCUGUACGACUACACGCUUCUCUCCAAGCGUACACCGGCUUCCAAACGUCUGCUGAAGUCAGCUCAGCCGGCCCCUGCGCCACUUCUGACACUCUUGGGUGCUCCGCCACCGUCCCGCAAGAGGGAAGAGCUAACCGCGCUCGCGAACCUAAGGAAGAAAGUCGCCCCAGCACUGUUACGACAAAACAGAUCAUCAAAGAACAAUCAGCAUAAAGACGACAACGAGAUCGAACAGCUCGAUAAUAGGCCGAGGCUUCUACAAAGGGUGCUACAAAGCCGUCCAGUGAGUAUGGUGGUGCAGUGGAGCGAGGUACGCACGGCCUGGCAGGACAGCGACUUCAUCACGGAAUGUUUGUGCUGGCACAACGUUUACAGACAACGACACGGAGCCCCACAACUUUAUAUGGCGCCUGAGUUGUGCGACUAUGCCCAAGCGUGGGCUAACCAUUUGGCCCACACCAACAAGUUCCACUACCGAAACGACCGUGACGUCGGACAAAACCUUUACCAGCGACCCGUCAGCGACAUUCAGCCUGAUGUCACUGGUCAGGAGGUGUCUUCGUACUGGUACGCCGCAGUCCGUCAAUAUAACUUCUUCAAGGAGUCGGACGUUUUACAUGCAAAUGUUAACGCAGGUCAUUUCACCCAAAUGGUUUGGGUGGCAACUCGAUUCUUCGGAGUUGGUAAAGCCAGAUCCCGUGCGGGCAAGGUGAUUGUGGUAGCCAACUAUUCUCCGCCGGGUAAUAUGUCUGGCCAAUUCGAGACCAACGUGCUUCCCCCGACACCGGACACCUUCCCAGACCUGCCUCCGCCGGAACACUGACGGCAGCUUUCCAUACGUGGCAGACGGCUACGGAUUGACACCACGUUCAGACAAAAGUAAAAAAGUAAUACGUUUGCAUUGGAACUCUAUGGUUGAAAAUAAUUUUAAAAUUGGAACAACAUCAAAGAUGGUGGAUUAUUUUAAUACUAAAUGAUUUUUGCGAUCGAAGCUAAGAAUACGUAUUUUGAAGUAAUUGUGUAAAAAAGUGACAGAGAAAUUAUUAUUUUAAUAUAUGGUGGUUUUAACAUUAUAAUGUUAAAACAAAUUUGGUUGUGAUAAGUCGGUGAGUUGUCAAUUACAUGACAUGAAUAAUGGAUAAAGGCAAGGAAUGGAAUGAAAAAAAAAUCACAUGCAAUAGAGAUUGCAGGAUUCCUAUUUAUAGAUGUUGUGUUUUCAGUUACAAAUUGAACCUUGUUCGGCAAACACUUCUUUAUUCAGAGGCCACGUUUAUUUAUAAUAUAACUACCAAAAUACUUAGAAGUUUUAAUGGCAGAAAUAUAAGUCAAUUUAUUCACUGACACGUCAUUACUAUUCCCUUACACAAAUACCAAAAAGGUUUAUUAGACUCAUUAAAGGUCGUCAGUGGUUAGUAAUAAAUGGUUGUUUUGCCUGAGCUUAUAUUACUAAAUAUUAAUGUUUUCCGACAAAUAUUUACGCACAUAUUAGUAAGGAGCUGCCAAUCAUACCAACAAUAAUUUCAAACUAUCGACUAAGAUAAAUAUUCAUGUUUUCGAUCUGCAAAUAAAAUUUCGUCUGAUAACUUUCUAUAACCGCUAAACCCUUCCAAUUUAAUUUAAUUACUAAAUGUCUUAUACUUUCAUUGUGGUUAACAUGGAUAUUAAGUGAGGUAUUCCAUAAACCAAAUAUCAAUGCGUCAAUACUUCUCAUCCAUACUCGUAGCUGAAUAACUGUAGAAUUGUAAUUUCAUUCGGAUGUUUCAAAAACUUGAAAGCUUUUAAUUCCAAAGAGUUCAGAAAAACAAUAACGGAGCUUUUAGAAUUGAUACUUUGCAACCUUUAGUGAUAUUCAAAGGAGUUUAUAUAUCAUAUUAUACGUAGUAUUAAUACCUAAGUGUUUUCAAUUCUUUUACGAUUGUUACCCGCUAGUUUUAUAUAAAAUCCCUAACACGUUAAACCCUGUCUUCCUAGAUGGUUGAUAUUAUGUACACUUGUUAUUAUUGGACAUCGCUAUUUGUAAGUCUAGCUGAUAAAUGUCAGUCGGUAGUUGGUGACACUGACGUUUUGUUAACGUCACCUUUAAAAUCUACCGUUGAAGCCUUAGCAUAAAAAAAAUCUACCGCUUCUCGCACGUCCCUGCUUUAAGUAUAAGGUUUAAUAGUAUACAUAUCUGUAGCAGUAGUUUAUAUUUGCCGUCCGUAUAAAAUAUUUACCGAAGAUUAAAUGACAAAUACUUGUAGUAACGUCUCACAAAAACUUUAAAAGUUGAUCAUGUUAUAUAACUACAGAGUACAGAAACACUUUGCUUUUUAAAAUUGUAUUGUUAUCUAGAUGUAGACACUUGAAAUAUAAAAGCUUAGAAUAUGGAUUGCUUAUAAUGCUACCGUCUGUUUAAAUUAUAUUAUGUCAGCUGGAUGCGUACAUAGUUAUAGGAGCUUGUAGAAACUAGCUAGGUUAGACUAGUUAAGCCAUUCAAGAGAGAAUUUUAUUGAUAAGCUAGAUAUUAGAAGUAAUGUUGGCUGUAUAAUUGUUCCACACAUCGAAUAUAUAGACAAAUAGAGGUAGCUUUAAAAUGUUUGUUAUUUAAAAAUGUAAUUGUUUUUGUAACCACAAAAAAAAUUUUCAAGGCUUUUUAUUUAUAA